AUGUCGUCAGCCUCCACAUCCCCGUCUGGAUUUCCACUUGGCUUUCCCUAUCGCCAGGAAAGGGAUGGCGUUUGGGGAGAGCCAACCUCAACGCUCAAUUGGUGCGAGGAAGAUUAUAACAUCACCCCAUAUAUUGCCGAGUUCGUCAACACCUUUACCAACCUCAUCUUCAUCUGGCUCGGGGUCAAGGGAAUCCGCAACUGCAUCGCCAAUGGCUUCUCUCCGGCCCUCACCUUGAGUUUCGUCGGCUAUGUCGUGAUCGGGCUGGGCUCGAUGGCCUUCCACGGCACGCUGUGGUACUCGAUGCAGCUGGCUGACGAGCUGCCCAUGAUCUGGACAGUCUGCGUCAUGGCCCAAGUCACCUUCUCGUACGGCAAGUCAAAAGCCUCGUCGAUGCUUCUGGGAUUAGUAUUCGCCGGGGUUGCUGCGUUUGUCACUAUUUACUACGUAACGAACAAAAACCCCGUCUUCCAUCAGGUUGCUUACGCCUCCAUCACAAUCGGUGUUGUCGUUAGGGGCGCGCUCGUUACCAAGUAUGAGUUGGAACCGGCUCUUAAGAAGAGAAGCCCUCUUCAGGCAGACAAAAUCAUGAAGCAAAUGUGGACGUUGAUGACACUGGGCAUCUCUCUAUUCCUUAUCGCAUUUGCCAUUUGGGUGUACGACAGACUUUACUGCCGCCAGCUCGUGUCCUGGAGAUCACAUGUACUUCUGCCCUGGUCCGUCGUACUAGAAGGCCACGGGUGGUGGCACAUUCUUACUGGUUUGGGAGCGUACAACCUGAUUGUUUGGCGUGUGUGGCUUAGCUGCUGCCUGGAUGGCAAGGAGGAUCUCUUUGAGCUGCGGAGGACAACCUUUUUGCGCGUGCCCGAGGUCGUCCCGAUCGGGCAUAAAUCCAACGGCGUCAAAUCGCAAAAGCCAAAGUCAAAAAGGACUUGA